GGGAGGAAGAGGCAGAGGAUGGUGCUGGCAAAAAUGAAGAUGCCUCCCAUGACUCCGAUGAAGAAAAACGAGCUGAUGAUGAGGAAUAUGAACCUGAAGAAAGUCAUAGCAAACGUAAGAAAGGAAAGAAAAGAAAGGCAAAGAGUGAAGAUAAAAAGGGUAAAAAGAAAAAGAAGAAGAAGAAGAAUGACAGUGAGGAGGAGGCUGAAUUCGAGCAGCAAGAAGCAGCACCUGAUGACUCUGUUCAAGAUUCUGAUGCAGCUCCGUCAAGCAGUAAGAAAAGCGGCAGUCGGAAAUCUAGAGGAAAACAGGAGAAACAGGAGAAGACUGCUUCUAACUCCAAUUCUGCAACUCCAAGUGAAUCUUCAGGAAUGCCAUCUGUGGAUGAAGUGUGUGCAACAUUUGGUCUGACAGAUGUUGAAAUUGAAUUCUCUGAGGCCGACUAUCAGAAUCUCACAACUUACAAGCUAUUCCAACAGCAUGUAAGACCACUUCUUGGUAAAGAAAACCCGAGGGUUCCCAUAGGAAAAUUAAUGAUGCUAAUUGCUGCCAAAUGGCGUGAUUUUUCGGAAAUUAAUCCUCACACCAGAGCUCAGACUGAAGAGGAGGAGGGUGGUAAUGAAGAAGCGUACACACCUAAACCAAGCCGCUCACGCUCCACAAGAGAAUCAAAAGGUGCUGAUACAGAUGCCUUGAAUGAUGAAGAUGAAGAUGAAGAAGAUGAAGUGGAACAGAGAUCUUCUAGAAAGAAGAGUAGAAGUCGGAGCAAGAAAUCAGGUGGCAGCAAAAAAGGGAAGGUUCCCACCAUUAAAAUCAAAAUUGGCAGCAAAAGAAAGAGGGGAAGUUCAGAUGAUGAUGACAAUGGCGACGCCAAGUCUGAUCAGGACUCUGAUGCUGAAUUUGAGCAGAUGCUUAACGAAUAUGGGACAAAGGAAGAGGAACCUGAAGCUGCUGUCGAAGCUGACGACAAAGAAAAAGAAAAAGAAAAAUCUGAUCAGCCUCGGAAGAAAGCCAAAACAAAAAUUGGUCAAAAGAACAAGAAGAAAAAGACCAAAACCACCUCAAAGUUUCCUGAUGGCGAUGAAGAACAAACUGAUCAUCAGGACUACUGUGAAGUUUGUCAACAAGGAGGGGAAAUUAUUCUUUGUGAUACUUGCCCCAGGGCAUACCAUUUGGUGUGUUUAGAACCUGAGCUAGAGGAAACCCCUGAAGGAAAGUGGUCUUGUCCCCAUUGUGAGGCUGAGGGUACUCAGGAGCAAGAGGAUGAUGAGCACCAAGAAUUUUGCAGAGUUUGCAAAGAUGGUGGAGAACUGCUUUGUUGUGACUCCUGUCCAUCGGCAUAUCAUACUUUCUGUCUGAAUCCACCUCUCACCGAAAUUCCUGAUGGAGAUUGGAAGUGCCCACGAUGCUCUGCAAAACCACUCCCUGGAAAGGUACAGAAAAUUCUCACCUGGCGUUGGGUGGAAAAAGAAGACAAGAAAGAAGAAAACGGUGAUGGAAAACCUACGAAGAAACCGCAAAGACAACGCGAGUAUUUUGUGAAGUGGUGUGAAAAAUCAUACUGGCACUGUUCUUGGAUCUCUGAGCUGCAGAUGGAAGUAUUCCAUGGCAUCAUGAUCCGCUGUUACAUGCGUAAAUUUGAUAUGGAUGAACCACCUAGGCUUGAAGACCCAUUGGAUGAAAUGGAUGCUAGAAGAAAGCGGAUAACCAACAAAGAAGCUUUCUCAGAGGCUUUGGAAGAGAAGUUUUACAGGUACGGUAUUAAGCCUGAAUGGCUCCAGGUCCACCGCGUGCUAAAUCAUCGCAUAAUGCGUGAUGGUCGCUGUCUUUAUCUUGUGAAAUGGCGUGACUUAGCCUAUGAUAGUGCAACUUGGGAAGAAGAUGAUGACCAUAUUAACGGUCUGAAACAAGCUGUAGAGUAUUACAUGGACCUCCGUGCUGCUUGUGGUGUUGAUGGCGGUAGCAGUAAGAAGUCUGGAAAAUCCAAGAAAGGCAAAAAAUCAAGGACAAAGGAGAGUGAUUAUGAUGGUGACAGACCUCAGAGAAGAUUUAUUCCUCCUCCUGAGAAACCUUCAACAGACUUGAAACGCAAAUUUGACAAACAACCUGAGUACUUAGAUGUAACUGGUAUGUGCCUUCAUCCUUACCAGCUGGAGGGUUUGAAUUGGUUGCGGUAUUCUUGGGGUCAAGGAACUGACACCAUUCUUGCUGAUGAAAUGGGUCUUGGAAAAACCAUUCAAACCAUUACUUUCUUAUAUUCUUUGUAUAAGGAAGGACACUGCAAAGGACCUUUCCUUGUCAGCGCCCCUCUUUCUACCAUCAUUAAUUGGGAGAGAGAAUUCGAAGUUUGGGCUCCUGACUUUUAUGUAGUUACUUAUGUUGGUGACAAAGAUGCCCGUGCUGUAAUUAGGGAGCACGAACUUUCAUUUGAAGAAGGUGCAGUCCGGGGUAACCGCGCCGGUCGCAUCCGAUCAAACACAAUUAAAUUCCAUGUUUUGCUAACCAGUUAUGAAUUGAUCUCAAUUGAUGUGGCUUGCCUUGGAUCAAUUGACUGGGCCGUUCUUGUGGUGGAUGAAGCUCAUCGAUUGAAGAGUAAUCAAUCCAAGUUUUUCAAGCUUUUGGCUGGUUAUAAUAUUGCUUACAAGCUCCUAUUGACUGGAACACCUCUACAAAACAACUUAGAAGAAUUGUUCCACCUUUUAAGCUUUAUGUGUCAUGAGAAAUUCAAUGAUUUGGCUUCUUUCCAAAACGAAUUUGCUGACAUUAACAAAGAAGAGCAAGUUAAAAAACUGCAUGACAUGCUGGGUCCCCACAUGCUGCGGCGUCUGAAAGCUGACGUCUUGAAGAACAUGCCCACUAAAUCUGAAUUUAUUGUCAGAGUUGAAUUGUCAGCCAUGCAGAAGAAAUACUACAAGUUCAUCCUCACCAAAAACUUUGAAGCUCUUAAUCCUAGAGGUGGUGGUCAGCAAAUGUCUCUCCUCAACAUUAUGAUGGAUUUGAAAAAAUGUUGUAACCAUCCAUACCUUUUCCCUGUGGCUGCGGCUGAGGCUCCUGUCAAUGCAAAUGGCCAGUAUGAAGUCAACGCAUUAAUUAAGGCUUCAGGAAAAUUGAGCCUUUUGUCUAAAAUGCUUCGAAAGUUGCAUGAUACGGGACAUCGUGUUUUAAUCUUCUCUCAGAUGACCAAAAUGUUGGAUCUACUGGAGGAUUAUCUGGAAGGAGAAGGUUACAAAUAUGAACGCAUUGAUGGUGGUAUUACUGGUACACUCCGUCAGGAAGCCAUUGACAGAUUCAAUGCUCCUCAAGCUCAACAGUUUGCUUUCCUACUCUCCACUCGUGCUGGUGGUUUGGGUAUCAACUUGGCUACUGCAGAUACUGUUAUUAUUUACGAUUCAGAUUGGAACCCUCACAAUGAUAUUCAGGCUUUCUCCCGUGCCCAUCGUAUUGGUCAGGCAAAUAAGGUCAUGAUUUAUCGUUUUGUGACCAGGAAUUCAGUUGAAGAGAGAGUAACUCAAGUUGCCAAGCGCAAAAUGAUGCUUACUCAUCUUGUUGUGCGCCCAGGAAUGGGUGGGAAGUCAACCAAUUUCACCAAACAGGAGUUGGAUGACAUCCUGAGGUUUGGUACUGAGGAACUUUUCAAAGAAGAGGAAGGCAAGGAAGAUGAUGCUAUCCAUUAUACCGAUAAAGCUAUCGAUGAACUCUUGGAGAGAUCUAAGACUGGAAUUGAGCAGAAAGAGAACUGGGCCAAUGAAUAUUUGUCGUCAUUUAAGGUUGCCAGUUAUAACACCAAAGAAGGUGAAGAUGAAGAGGAGGUAACGGAAGUAAUUAAGCAAGAAGCUGAAAAUACUGAUCCAGCAUAUUGGGUGAAACUGCUCCGCCAUCACUAUGAACAGCAGCAAGAGGAUAUUGCUAGAACUCUUGGUAAAGGAAAGCGUGUACGGAAACAGGUCAAUUACAUCGAUAGUGCUGUGGAAGGUAGAGGAGAGGAUACAACAUGGCAAGAAAACCUCUCCGACUACAAUUCUGAUUUCUCUGCUCCAUCGGAUGAUGACAAGGAGGAUGAUGACUUUGACGAGAAGGGUGAUGGCGAGGGAGGUGGCCGGAGGAGUAGGAGGCGGCCUGAAAGAAGAGAUGAGAAGGAUAGACCACUGCCUCCCCUUCUUGCCCGAGUUGGUGGAAAUAUUGAGGUGCUUGGCUUCAAUGCAAGGCAAAGGAAAGCAUUCCUUAAUGCUAUCAUGAGAUAUGGCAUGCCACCUCAGGAUGCUUUUAACUCUCAAUGGCUUGUCCGUGAUCUUCGUGGAAAGUCAGAGAAGAACUUCAAAGCCUAUGUUUCUCUCUUUAUGCGGCAUCUUUGUGAACCUGGGGCAGACAAUGCUGAGACAUUUGCUGAUGGUGUGCCUAGGGAAGGUUUGAGCAGACAGCAUGUGCUUACCCGCAUUGGUGUUAUGUCCCUGAUCAGAAAGAAGGUUCAAGAGUUUGAAGAGAUCAAUGGAUACUACAGCAUGCCUGAAUUGAUUCGCAAACCUGUGGAUGCUGCCGUCAAGAGUGCAGCGGCUGCAGCCGGUGUUGCUCCUCCUCCAGGACCUGCAGAUGCUGCCGCUGCCGCUGCUGCCGCUUCUCUAGCCGCUUCUGCAGCCUCUAGUGUGUCAGCCACACCAGCCACUAGUGCAUCUGCUAGCCCGGUCCCCACUCCAACUCCAGGUGCUGCAGAUGACAAGGACAAAGAAAAGGACAAAGAUAAAGAGGCUGAAGAUUUGACCAAGAAGGAUGAAGAGUCCAAGAAGGACACUGAAGCUGAAGAUGAAGCUAAGCCUGAAGACAAGAAGGAAGAGGGAGAAAAGAAUGGAGAGGUUACUGCUGUUGAUGCUAAGGAUAGUGAAGCUGUAGUAAAGAAGGAAGUUGAUGAGGAGAAAAUAGAGAGUGAAAAGGAUAAUGAAAAAUCAGUUCCUGUGAAGGAAGAAAGUACUGAAGAAAAGAAAGAAGUUCAAGUCAAGGAAGAGAAGGCUGAACCUGAAGUCGAUGCUGAGAAAGACACAAAAGAAAAGGUGGAACCUGAAGAGACAUCUGAAAAGAAAGAGGCUGAAGAAACAGCUGUUAAAACCGAAAGUAAGGAGAAAGAAGGAGAAGAAGAAAAGGUUGAAAAUGCUGUAAAAACUGAAAAGGAUGAUGAUAAAGAGGAGAAAGAUGAGAAGAAGGAGGCUAAGGAAGAUAAAAAAGAGGAUAAGAAGGAUUCUAAAGAGGAAGAUGACGAUAUUGUUGUUGUUAAAGAUGUUGAAAAAGUCAAGGUUGAUGAGAAGAAAUUGGAAGAGGAGCUGGAAAAGGCAAAGCGGAAGUUCAUGUUCAAUAUUGCAGAUGGUGGUUUCACUGAGCUCCAUACCUUGUGGGUCAAUGAAGAGAAAGCGGCAGUUCCUGGAAGGGAAUAUGAAAUCUGGCAUAGACGGCAUGAUUACUGGUUGUUAGCAGGCAUUGUAACUCAUGGUUAUGGUCGCUGGCAAGAUAUCCAAGCUGACAUCCGGUUUGCCAUCAUCAAUGAACCCUUCAAAAUGGAUGUUGGUAAAGGCAACUUCCUGGAAAUUAAGAACAAAUUCUUAGCAAGAAGGUUUAAACUUUUGGAACAGGCCUUGGUGAUAGAGGAACAGUUGCGGAGAGCCGCUUACCUCAACUUAACACAAGACCCAAACCACCCUGCAAUGUCCUUAAAUGCUAGAUUUGCAGAAGUUGAAUGUUUAGCUGAAUCUCAUCAGCAUCUCAGUAAAGAAUCCCUGGCGGGAAACAAGCCAGCGAAUGCAGUUCUUCACAAGGUUUUAAACCAACUUGAGGAGCUGCUGUCUGACAUGAAGUCAGAUGUUAGCCGCUUACCGGCUACCCUUGCUCGCAUCCCUCCUGUUGCCCAGCGACUUCAAAUGUCUGAAAGGUCUAUUCUGUCAAGAUUGGCCGCCACGACUGCUGGGUCGGCUCCAAGCACUCCCACCUCUUCUCAACCUGGUAUGAUUAGUGGCCAGUUCCCCUCAGGGUUCCAAACUGGACAGCUUCCAGGCAGCUUUGGUGCAGCUAACUUUGGCAAUUUCCGACCGCAGUACUCUGUCCCUGGACAGCCCACUUCCCAGGGAUAUGUUAAUUGAAUUUAAAAGCUGCUUAGGUUUGGAAGUAUGUUGAUACUAAGUUAUUGGUGUGGCUUGAUUUGAGCUUGGUGUGGUGAUACAUAGACUCCAGUCUCUUGUGCAGCAUAUGUAUGCAGUGAUAAUGUGGUUGAAAAUUUCUCAAUAGAAUUUAAGAGGAAAUACUGAUUUAGUAGCGAGUGGAAGGUUUAGAUUAAAAAUGGUGUUUGAAAAGACAAAUUGGUGGAUGGUGUCAACAUUCUACACUUGCUGGUGUGGUAAAUGUGCAAUUUUUGUUUCAUUCUCUUUCAUCUUUGUUUUUAUUUUUCAUAAAAAAAAACUCUGUUUUGGUGUCAUGUCCUUGGAUCUCAAGAGUGGCCUGUGAAUUUUCUCGCGUAUUCUGUUACUAUCGCCUGUAAAGUAUUUCAUGGACUUCCUUUUAAAAUAUAAGCAUUUUUCUAGCAGAUGUUACUAAAUGCUUAGGAAUCUUACAUUUUAAGGAAUCAUUUCAGUUGUGUCCAUGUUUUAUUUUUUCCAAUGUCAUAAUCAGACCUUGGUAUUGCACUCUACUUUGAUAAAGUAGACCUUUCCUUUUCAUCAAACCAUCAUCAUGAGAGCUCUAAAGUGAAAUGUAAACGCACCUUCCGCAUAGUAUUUUGUCUAGAAUGUACACGUCUCCAACAUAAAUUUUUGAUAUUGCAUCUAUUUAUUCCAUCAAGGAAUUGGCAUAUUAAUGAUUGUGAUUUUUAGUUCUUUCAAAUUAGAUAAAGAAGUACCUUUCUCUCCCUUUUAUAUCCACUUCUAGUACGUACAUAAUUUUGUAUUACUUUGAUUUAUCCGUGCUUAUGGAUUUUACUGCUAAUAAUAGUCAACCCAUUCCUAUCUCGUUCAUUUGUCUAAUUAUAGAUAUUUCUUUCAGUAGUUAUUUGUACUGUGAAGCACCCUGAUCACUUAAAAAAAAAUUUGCUUGAGUAAAUUUUUUAAUCAGAGGCCCUUAUAACUGACACUUUGAAUUCUGUGACUGUUGCACUGAAAAAACCAAAGAUAGAACUGGAUAUUCCACAUAAGUCUAACAUUCUGAAGUUUUGAUUUUGUUUUUUUGUUUUGGCUUCCUUGCUAUCUUUCCUGUUAUCUCUGCCAAGUCAAGACCAACUCAUUUUCAUUGCUAAAGGGCUUAAUUUUUAAUUUUACUUCUGGUAUUCACUAUGCUGAUGUGAUUAUUGCAUUUCUGUCAACCGUGAAUAUAUUGUUGGGCCUGAACUGGAUAUUUUUGUAUUUCAUGCUCUCCCUCCUAGAAGAAUGUAAGUGGGAGCUGAUAGGACAAUUCCUAAUGUAUCCGCUUAGUAUUUCCUUGAACAGGCAUUGUUUAUGAAGGUAAAUUGUGAAACUAAUUGUAUUUAAUUUAUUAAAAGUUCACCCUUUUUUUAAAGAAGUAAUUUGAUAUCAUUUUUAGUUGAUUUUUUUAAUUUUUUUUUUUAAAUGACAAGGCUCAUAUUGGGUCUUGAUUGAAUCAGUGUCGUUUUAACUUUUAUUGAAUUUUGGACAAAUGAAUCGAAUGCUUUGUAGAAAUGUUAACUAUUUGGUUUUCAUGUAGCACUUGCAUUCAAAUAUUCUGUGAGACCUGUGUCAGUGUAAGUGCUCAUGAAAGUUGUGAUUGGCAUUUAUGCAAAUUUGCAAGUGCCCAUUAAGUUAAUAAAUGAUUCAUAUAUAAA